AUGUCAGAAACAAGCUCGAUUUAUCUUUCCGUUUUUACUCAAUAUCCUAAACUCGGUAUUGCAAAAUUUGAUGAAUCAACAGGGCACCUUGAAGUCAGCGAAAUUUGGGUAACAGUCACAGAUUUUUCUUUUCUUUCUCCAAUUUUCAUAGAAAUCGAGCCUUCAUACAUCAUAGCUUCUAACACAGCGCCUGAGCAGCUAAAAGAAAUACUCGAAAACUUCAACACAACAUACAUGCCAAAGUCAGAGUUUGAUUAUAACAAAGCUAAACAGCUUACAACCCAACAGUGCUUCCAAGGUGAUGAGUUUAAAGCUACAACCAGCCUUAAUUUCUCUUGCAACGCUAUGAUCAGUUCUAUAGGAGCCUUAAUAUCAUACCUCACCAACUCUUCAAAUUUCUCAUCAUUUUCAAUCCAAAAAGUAUACCAAAUCAAAAUAUCUGGCCUUCAUUGCGAUUUUCAGACUUUAAAGGCUUUACAGAUCAUACAAGAAGAUUCUCAUCCAUCAAAAAUAAAUAAUGCUGGGAGAUCAAAAGAAGGGCUAUCAAUUUUUGGGCUGUUUGAUAAUACUUGUACAACCCAAGGAAGGAAAAAGCUAAGACAAUGGCUGCUAAGACCAUUAGGUGAAAUUUCUGAAAUUAAUGCAAGAUUAGAAGCAAUAGAAUUUUUUAUGAAAAAUCCAGGAAUUUUGCAAGAGAUACUGCACGAGCUAAAAAAUGUAAGCGAUUUAGAAAUUUGUGUUAAAAGAUUUUAUGAGGUUAGAACAACUACAAAUGACUGGCUAAAAGUCAUUGAAACUUCCUCCGCGCUUCUCAGGAUUGUUGAAAUAUUGAAAAAAUUUGAAGUGCUGCCCCUUAUGUUUUUACCUCUUAUAAAUACACAAAUUGAUCUUUUUAUUGAGCUUUUAACAUAUCUCCAGAAUUGUUUAGAUUUUUCUAAUAAAGAUCAUGGUAAGCCACAAAUCCUUUCAGGUGUCAGUGCAGAGCUGGAUUACCUGAAAAGAAGCGCAAUAGACCUUGACAAUUUUUUAAUUCAGCUAUCGGGGAUGCAUCCUUAUAGCUUACAAUAAAAGUAAUUUGUAUUAUAUUAUUUUGAAAAUACAAAAAUAUUGAAUCUUAGCCUAAAAGUCCAUUAUAUGAUCAAGCUGCAUUCUAUAGCUAUAUCAAAAUGUAGAAAAACUAAAUUUAAAAAAAUGCGGCAUCGAGUUUGCCUCCUUAAGUGUUAUGCAUUUCCCACAGCUUGGCUAUCAUAUUGAAAUCUCCUAUCGAGGCCGCAUAGGUUUAACUCCUAGCUCUGUUGGCUCCGAUAAAAGUGAUCAUUCAUUAUUUGAAAAAAUAGGCUACGAGUAUCAAUUUGCAGCUGAUGAUGCAAUCUAUUUUAAAAAUGACAAAACAAAAUCAUUAGAUGACAGAUUUGGUGACUUAAAAAAAUCAAUAAAUGAUACUGAAAACGCUAUUUUAAGAGAUUUAGAGACUGAAAUUUUGAAAAGAGGGAAUGAGUUGUGCUAUGUUUCAAGACUUUUAGGCGAUUUAGAUGCACUUCUAUCACUGGUUUUGGCAGCUGAAACUUUAAACUUGACAAGACCUCAGCUGCAAGAAGAGCCUGGAAUCCAAAUUGUAAACGGAAGGCACUUAUUAGUAGAAAUUUGUGUUGAUAAUGCGAUACCUAAUGACUGUGCGUUAGAUUCAGUCCAUAAAAUAGCAGUAAUUUGUGGCCCUAACUACUCAGGAAAAAGCGUCUAUAUGAAAAUGGUAGGAUUAAUUGUAUAUUUAGCCCACAUAGGUAGCUUUGUUCCAGCAGAAUUCGCAGUGAUAGGAAAAGUUGAUCAGAUUUUUUCAAGGAUGGCAUACUCAGACUCACGAACCUCCAGCUCAUUUUCCGAAGAAAUAGCUCAGCUAACAAUCGCAUUAAACAAUUCAACCCCAAGUUCCUUAUUAAUUCUCGAUGAAUUUGGUAAAGGAACAAAUUCCAUUGACGGCAUGUCACUAGUAGGCUCUUUGCUAUCACAUUUACAAGUAAAUUCUCCUCCAUUAACCUUACUUUGUACACAUUUUCAAGAAUUAAUCACUCAUAGCCUCAUCUCUGAGUCAGAAAUCAUGAAAUUUUACACAAUGGAAAUAGCUUAUUCAGAUCACCCAGUUUUUCUUUAUAAAUUAAUAAGAGGAAAACCUAUGGGGAGUUUUGGAAUUUUUUGUGCUAAAUGGGCUGGAAUUUCAGAAGAAGUCAUAAAAAGGGCAGAAGAAGUAAAAGAGAGCUUUAGAAAUGGAAAAGAACUAAGACCAUUACCAAGGAUCGACCGCAUAGAAAAAUCAAAACAAGUGUUAAGGAUGCUAUCUCACUAUAAAGAUGGAGAUUCCCCUGAAGACUUCUUAGGGAAAGCCCUACAAUUAAUGACAUCUCCUAAUUAA